AUGCCUGUGAGCUCCAGCAUUGCAGAAAAGCAUCAUUACACUCCAGCCUAUUCAACUACGUCAAAUCAGCUCUCAUCCAGUUUAUUGCUACUGCUCAUAGUCCUUGUUGCAUCCUCUGUUCCAGUAUCUGCUUCUGUAUCGCUACCACUCACAAAUACUUCAUAUCCUGACAGGGGUGCAGCCUUUGGAUCUUUGAUUGGUCCAACAGGUUUGGUUGGUAUACUGAUUCCAGUAAAUGCUAUAGACUCUAAACAUUCAAGAUCUGGCUGUAAACCUAUUUCUUUUGAGUCUGUCCCGCCACUUACUCAAGCACAACUGUCAUUCAAUCUACAUUCAUCAGCCCACUGGAUUGCUUUGGUUGAACGUGGCGAAUGUAGCUUCGCCGACAAGGUUCGGGCAAUGCAACAAUCUGGCGCAUCCGCCGUUAUUAUUGGCGACAACUCCUUUUUUGGCGAUCUGAUUACAAUGUACUCUCAAGGAAACGUUAGCGACAUUGUUGUUCCCAGUGUGUUUAUUUCAAAACCUUCAUAUCUAGCUAUUUUGGAGUUGAUUGGUACUACAGAUAGUAAAGAUCCAAAUGAUGAUAAAGAUGCGCACGUUUUUAAAGAAAACAAUGCCGAUCUGAAUGCUCAACAACCUGUCUUGCUCAAUACACUAGGCGAUGCACCUGAUAUAAAAGACUCGUCACUGUUAUUAUCAGAUCUUUCUACAAAUCCAAAAAAAUCCAACUUGGCUCAUUUUCUUACUCGUACGAGUAGUCAGUACAAUGGUUUUGACUCUAUACCCAUCCAAAAUGUGUGCACUUAUUUCCAAUUUCCUUGCGUAUCAGCUUUUUUACUUCCAGACGAAGUCAGCAUUUCUAUCAUGGAUAUAAUCAUCGUCACCAUCAUGUCUGCACUAUGCCCUAUUGUCAUCAUGUUUUUCAUUUAUUCAAUAUGGCUGCUUUUACAAUUUAAUAUGCGACAAAAAUCAACCAUCUCCGUUUUAGACUUGUCGCGACUGCCCAUCAAAGUAUAUUUCAAUUCGAAGCGGCAUGAAAAUGACCCAACUACAUGUGCUAUUUGCUUGGAAGAUUUUGUUGAUGAAGACACACUACGCACACUAGUGACAUGUCGGCAUGAGUUUCAUGCAAGUUGUAUUGAUCCAUGGCUAAGAUAUUACAGUAAGCUAUGCCCCACAUGCAAACAAGAGAUCUUACUCAAUGAGAAUACACCACUUUUAGCACGUACACAACAGCCAGGUUUACUUGCAAAUUUAAGAAAUGGAGCCAGUACAUUGGCAGAAACGACUAGUUCUUUGGCGUAUAUUUCGGAUAGCUUUGAUUAUGCAUAG